GCACAAUAUGAGACUCCGGGAGCCGACGAGGGCAAUUCGUCGGAAACCGAAUUUGAAGAGAGUUUGCAUCAUCUCUGCUUGAACGACUACAGUGCGGUAUAAGGAGCUAUUCAGCGGCGGGCUGGGGCGGUUUACGGGCGGCAAGGCGACUCUUCGCGUAAAGGAAGGCGCGGCACCGGUGUACUGUCGCGCGCGCCCUCUGCCGUAUGCGCUGCGCGAUCGGGUAGACCACGAGCUGGACGAGAUGCUGCGCAGCGGAGUCAUCGAGCCCGUCGACACAUCGGAGUGGGCCACGCCCCUUGUGCCGGUACGUAAAGCUGAUGGUGGAUUAAGGAUUUGUGCCGAUUACAAAAUAACCCUGAAUCCGAAUUUGCUGAUCGAUAGGUACCCGCUGCCAAAAAUUGAUGAUUUAUUAGUAAGGCUGAACGGGGCUCGCGUUUUCUCGAAAAUUGAUUUAACCCAAGCGUAUAAUCAGGUAGAAUUAGAUGAUUCGAAGGAAUAUACGGUUAUUAACACACAUAGGGGAUUGUUUAAGUACAAUAGGUUGGUCUACGGUCUAUCUUCUAGUCCUGGUAUUUUUCAGAGAAUUAUGUCUAAUUUACUAAAGGAUAUUCCACAGGUAGAAGUAUUUUUAGACGACAUUUUAAUAGGCACACCAGACGUGGCAUCGCAUUUAGUGACAUUAGACAAAGUUUUACGAAAAUUGCAUAGUCAUGGCAUGAAACUGAAAAAAAGUAAAUGUUUCUUUUUUACUGAAGAAGUUCAGUACUUAGGUUUUAUUAUUUCUAAAGACGGCAUUAAAGCCGACCCGGCCAAGAUUGAAGCAAUUGUUAAAAUUCCACGACCACAAAACGUAACAGAGUUAAAAUCAUUUUUAGGCAUCGUUAACUUUUAUGCCAGGUUUGUGGCAAGGUUGAGCACCAUAUUGUCGCCUUUAUAUGACUUGCUUCGGAAGGGCGUAGUGUGGAAAUGGGGUAAACAAUGUGAAAAGGCAUUUAAAACAAUUAAGCAGGUAUUAGUCAGCGCCGAAGUAUUGUUACAUUACGAUCAAAACAAACCCCUGAUUCUUACGACAGAUGCUAGUUCGCGCGGGAUUUCCGGCGUGUUGACCCAACCCUGCGUCGGCGCGGGGCCGGGCGCGGCGGCGGAGCGGCCGGUCGCCUAUGUCUCGCGCUCGCUUAACGACGCGGAGCGUAAUUAUUCGCAAAUUGAUAGAGAAGCGUUAGCGAUUGUGUUUAGUUUUGAAAAAUUGCAUCAAUUUCUAUAUGGUAGGCGUUUCGUGUUAAGGACUGAUCAUAAACCCCUUGUUAGUAUAUUUGGUCCGAAACAGGGUAUCCCUGCGAUGGUAGCGAGUAGAUUGCAGCGGUGGGCGAUUAAGCUGUCGGCAUAUACCUACGACAUAGAAUACGUGCGGACCGACGCGAACGGCGCCGACGGGUUAUCGCGCUUGCCGGUGCCAGUCAAAAAUGCGACGUCGCUUGAUGGCUCACCUCCAGAGCAAACUUAUUUACAUUUUGUGCAGAAUGAAAUGUUGUUAGACUAUCAUGAAAUCAAAACACAAACUCAACGAGAUCCAAUUUUAGGUCGGAUUCUAACUUAUUUACGAUCGAGUUGGCCAUCUCAAAUAGAAAUAGAUAACUUACGCCCUUAUCAUAACAGGAAAGGCGAACUUUAUGAGGAAUUAGGAUGUGUUAUGUGGGGCCAUCGCGUUGUGAUACCACAGAGCUGUAGGAAAAAAGUAUUGGCUUUAUUACAUGAAAGUCAUAUGGGGAUAGUGAAAACUAAAGCUUUUACAAGGAGUUACGUAUGGUGGCCCGGCGUCGAUGAGGCCGUGGAAGCUAUGUGUCGCGCGUGCACGGUGUGCGCGGCCGAGGCCGACGCGCCGCCCCGGCACAGGCCCGCGGCGUGGCCAUUCCCGGCAAGAGCGUGGUCCAGGGUCCACGCAGAUUUUUUAGGCCCUAUAGGUGGGGUAACUUAUCUCAUUUUGGUGGAUGCACGAUCAAAAUGGUUAGAGGUCUUCCCACGAUGUAGCACCUCCGCCGCUAAUACAAUUGAGAAACUGAGUGAGGCUUUCGCUCGCUGGGGUCUGCCAAGGCAAUUAGUAUCCGAUAACGGACCGCCGUUUACUAGUAGGGAGGUUGCGGCAUAUUUGACAACUAAUGGUAUAGAACAUUUGUUUUCAGCACCAUAUCAUCCGGCAUCGAACGGAGCAGCCGAGAAUGCUGUGCGCAUUAUCAAAAAGGUUAUUAAAAAAGCUGUUAGGCAAAAGCAAAAUAUAAAUAUUGCAAUCAAUACAUUUUUAUUACAUUAUCGUAACACCGAACACUGCACAACGGGUGAAAGUCCAGCGGCAUUAAUGUUAGGUAGGCAAAUACGUACCAAAUUAGAUGCUAUUAGACCGGAUUGUGAAAAAAAGGCGCGCGAGUCCCAAAAGAAGCAAAUGUCUAGUACUGCAGGUGUAAAACGUGUAUUUCAGCCAGGUGAACUCGUUUGGGCACGGCAAUACCAGGGCGACACGAAAUGGACACCCGGGCAGAUAUUACGGAGAGAGGGAACAACCGACUAUACAGUGUUAGAUAGCUUAGGCAGGGGGUCCCAUAGGCACGUCGAUCAGCUAAAGCGGCGUUCAGGUGUUUUAGUAUGUCCACCAGAUCCAUCAGCUUUACUCUUACCGCAGGGCAGGCCAGAGGAACAGGGGACCACGGCUAGAGAGGCGGCACCCACUCCAUGUACGCCAAGGCAAGCGAGGUCAUCGGCGACACCACCAGACACCCCGGCGCACAACGUCAAUGGAGGCGCGCGCCACAGUACACCGCCAACACCUACCGCUGGCCCCAGUAACGAUCCCCAAACGUCACCCUUGCCGCCACCGGAACCGCCUCAACCCCGCCAUGUUAGAGAGUGCCGGAUUUUAAAUCCACCGAGGUACAAAUUUUAGUUAGGUAAUUUUAGUUUUAUUUUAACGUUACCUCUGUAGGAACCUUUUACAUGCAAGAUAGUUAACUCACCAUUCGCAUACCUUACCUCGUUGCAAUAAGGUUUACAAAGGUUUAGCUGGUUGUGUUGAUAAUAAUAUACCUGUAUAAAUAGUAGUAAAUAGUUAUAACUUAGCCUGCGGGUACGUUGUUAACUAAGUAGCAUAAAAUAAAUGUUUUGUUUCUUUAUUAAAACUUUUUUGUUUGUUAUAUGUGAUUGGAUGAAUAUUGACCUAGAUUUCAUUUGUUUAAGUUAUACUACUGUUUAGAGUCAAUACCAAAAUUAAUUAAAAGUUACUUAAAUAAUAAGAAACAUGCCUAAUGUGAGUACAUGAAUCAAUUUUUUCAUCUAUAGGAAUGUUAACUCUCCUUCGCGGGUAAACCACUUUAAAUUAAAUGUUAUACUUACCCAUGUACGUUCCUAUACCUACGGCUCAUCAGCUGAUCUGCGUUCCGAUUUACGAUGACUUUGUUGAGUAACCGACAUAAAGUAAGAUAACUACAUAUUAUGUUGCAAUACUGUUGUUGAUGUGUAGGUAUAGGUACAUUUUUUUUUAUGUACUUAGUAUUAAGAAGAGAGUAGGAAAUAUUAAAUUAAUUUCUUUAAUGAUAAUUGUUUGCCGACUGAGAUUUAAACUGUUUUUCCAUUUUUUUAAGACUAUCCACGUUUAGUUUUUAAGAAGAGAGUAGUGAUAUGUAUAUAGGUAAUGAGUUGUGGACCUACCUGCCAGUCUCAUAAUAAAUAGCCUACUGAACAGA